AUGUCGGGAAAGAAGAGAAACGCAGCUGAGCCCACUUCUGAGGACUUGUCCAAGAUUGAAUUCGAAACAUCUGAAGAUGUUGAAGUUUGUCCAACUUUCGAUGCUAUGGGAUUGAGAGAGGAACUUCUUCGUGGUAUUUACUCUUAUGGUUUCGAGAAACCAUCAGCUAUUCAGCAACGUGCUAUCAAGCCUGUUCUUAAGGGAAGAGAUGUCAUCGCUCAAGCCCAAUCUGGUACCGGUAAAACGGCCACUUUCUCUAUUUCCAUCCUCCAAUCUCUUGAUACUCAAUUAAGAGAGACACAAGCCUUGGUUUUGUCACCAACAAGAGAAUUGGCUACUCAGAUUCAAAAGGUUAUUCUUGCUCUUGGUGAUUACAUGAAUGUUCAAUGCCACUCUUGCAUCGGAGGAACCAACGUUGGAGAAGAUAUCCGUAAGCUCGACUACGGACAACACGUCGUUUCUGGAACUCCAGGACGUGUUUUCGACAUGAUCAGACGUAGAAAUCUCCGUACUCGUUCCAUUAAAUUGUUGGUUCUUGAUGAAGCUGACGAAAUGCUUAAUAAGGGAUUCAAAGAACAACUUUAUGAUAUCUACAGAUACUUACCUCCUGGAGCUCAAGUUGUACUCCUAUCUGCUACUCUUCCUCAUGAAAUCUUGGAGAUGACAAGCAAGUUCAUGACUGACCCAGUUCGCAUUUUGGUAAAACGUGAUGAGUUGACACUAGAAGGAAUCAAACAGUUCUUCGUCGCUGUUGACAGAGAAGAGUGGAAGUUCGAUACUUUAAUCGAUCUCUAUGAUACUCUCACGAUUACUCAAGCCGUUCUCUUCUGUAAUACACGUAGAAAGGUUGAUUGGUUGGCUGAGAAAAUGAAGGAAGCUAACUUCACUGUAUCAUCCAUGCACGGAGAUAUGGAGCAGAAAGAAAGAGAGCAGAUUAUGAAGGAUUUCAGAGCCGGAAGCAGUCGUGUUCUGAUCUCCACUGAUGUUUGGGCUCGUGGUCUUGAUGUUCCUCAAGUAUCUUUGGUUAUCAACUAUGAUCUUCCAAAUAAUCGUGAGUUGUACAUUCAUCGUAUUGGUAGAUCAGGUCGUUUCGGAAGAAAGGGUGUUGCCAUCAAUUUCGUUAAACAAGAUGAUGUCAGAAUCCUCAGAGAUAUUGAGCAGUACUACUCUACUCAAAUCGAUGAAAUGCCGAUGAACAUCGCUGAAAUGAUCUAA